AUGGGUGGACUGAUUAAAUUUUUACCCGUUACUUAUUCCUUAUUAAUGGUAGGAACUAUUUCAUUAAUGGCUUUACCUUUUGUUUCGGGUUAUUAUAGUAAAGAUUUAAUAUUAGAAUUAGCUUAUAGUAAAUAUAGCUUUAGUGGAACUUAUGCUUUUGUAUUAGGUUCAUUAACUGCUUUUUUAACUGCUUUUUAUAGUUUUAGGUUAAUAAGUUUAGUUUUCUUAACUUCGCCUAAUGGGGGUAAAUAA